UCUUAGUGACGGGUGCGAACGGUCCGUUGUCGUGCGUGGAUACCGCCGUCGUCGCCGCCGCGUUAGUUUGAGCCCGCGCGUGGGAAAAUUUGAAUGAAAAAAUUUCCGGACGAGUUUUGUUUUUAUAGUAUGUAAUAUCGUUGAUUACAAUAGUGUCCGCUGUGGAUUUUGCAUUCGAAUGACCAAUGAUCGCAGGAGACGAGACGGCGAGGGUUUAACCGUGUGAAUUGAUUAAUGCGGACGGGGAUCUGUAGUAGUUUAGGACGACUUGACCUGAGAUCAUCAGCAGCAGACGAUCAGAGUGAAUCCGGACGAGGUGAACUGCAUUACGAACCAUGAGCACGAGAUUCCAUAAAGCGGCUCAAGACGGUUUCGUAAACCUAUUGAAAGAGGCAACUAAAAGAGAUUGUAACGCCAAAGAUGAUGACGGAAUGACGCCGACGCUUUGGGCGGCUUUCAAAGGGCACCUGGAAGCGUUGAGGAUACUCGUCGGCAGAGGCGGUGAUCCUGAAAAAUGCAAUUACCAUCUUGGACAAAAUGCAUUACAUCUGGCCGCAUCUAAAGGACAUUUGAGUUGUGUGACGUUUCUUGUCGGUUUCGAUGUCAACUUGUGGGCUUUAGACUUGGACUUUCUCACGGCAAUGCAAUUAGCAGCCAUACAUGGUAAAUCGCAAGUACUCCAAUACUUGGAUAAAGCGGCCGCAUCUCAAAUAAUGCAGAACAAGAAAAAAGUUGAAUCUAAGAAAGAAAAGGCUCAGAAAGACGCAGAACGUAAUCAAAAGAAGUACGAAGAUCGGACGAAAAAAGAAAGAGAAAAAGAGAAAAAGCAAAUUAGAAGGGUAGAAAAAGAAUACUUGGGUGGCAACAAAGCAGAUUCGGAAACUGCCAUACCUACUGUUCGAUCAAUUCCUUUGUCUUUGCGAAAAUCAUCAUCGGACCUGUCCUGUAAGUCGUUUACAGAGAUCGUCGGAUCCGGUACCGUGAAGAAACCGUUUGUUAGCUCGGGCGGUGUGAAGAAGAUAUUGGACAGGAAACUGAAGGCGGCAGCGGCAGCGGUGGACGCCCACAACAAAACCAAUAAAUCGUCGUACAAAUCGAUAAAAGAGGUCGAGGAUAGCACGAGUGUACGAACCAUAACGUCCAAUGGAGAUUCGCAAAUUAUUUAUGUCAAUUCGUACGAGAACGAGAACGGAGGGAAAAGAGGCAGGAUUUCGGAUGUGUUCGAGUUGCACCGCACAAUUUCGCAACCGAACUUCAUCAUGGAUCUACAAAACGACGAUAAAGUACACUGGCACGAUCAAGGUAGCAUGUUCGAUCGACCGGGUUUCGGAAGCGUCGCGUUCAGGCAAAACGUGACCACAAUUCCAGUACCAGACGUGUCUAGGGCGACCAUUGAAGACGAGGCGUGCAGUAUCGGCAGCGCUGGAAGUCUAGUGAAGCGGAACCAGCCGAGCAGCACAAUGUCCUGGGACGAAUUUCAAAACAGCGACGAGGAAAACAUCGCGCUGAACGGGCGCAGUACAAAGUGGUCGGCCGUGCACAAGUUUCUGGUGUCGGCGGGCGUCGGCGAGUACGUCAACAAGUUCGUCGAGCAGCGGGUGGACCUGGACGCGCUGUUCAUGCUCGACGACCGAGACCUGAUCUCGCUCGGUCUCCCACUUGGCCCCAGGAAGAAGCUGCUCGGCGCCAUCGACGAGCGGGCGGGGAGACGCUGCGCCCGCGAAAAUAUUGGCGUCUGUCCGGACGCGAUGGCUCCUGCAAAAUCGCUAAACGGGUGUUGAUUAGUAAUUUUAUGAAAAAAAAAAAUAAAAAAUACCACAUCACGACUGCGUAUCGCGGGCAUUCGGUUAACGGGUUUUCGUUAGGGAGGUAUGUAUAUUAUUGUGGGAGGCUGUGAUUUUAAUGCACUAACAAAAUAAUAUAGCAUUAAACUAUGCAUUAAAAAAAUGUCACAAACUCGUAUUAAAACUAAAUAAUAAAAUAAAUAAAUAUUUUAAAUCAUCACGUACGUAACCCAUUCGUCAAGCAUAAAAAGUCAAUUUUUUAAUUAUAAUUUAAUAAUUUAAGAAUACAAUCGAAAGCAUUACGAAUAUUUUAUCAUCUGUAUUCAUAAUUUAUUGUUACUGACAAGUCGUAUUGACAAUAAUCUAAAAAUAAAUCGUCUUUGUAAGUAGAAUUCCAUAAUAUCAUAACAUAGGAAUCGAAAUUAACAAAAAAAAAAAUGUGUGCCCGAUCACAAUCGAAAUACUUUGGAAGAAAAAACAUAAUUUAUGUAAAGUAUAAUAAUAUAAUAUAAAAGUAUUAGUAGGUAUUUGUUAUAAAAAUUAUAAGAGUAUAAUCUAUGAAUGUUAGUACCCAUCUAUUACGCUAGCAGUAAUAUGUAAAACAAAAUAUGUAAAUCAAACUCAAUUUCUUCUAUGAAAAGAAUUUAAAAAAAAAAAAAACUAUGCACAUAACCUCUUCACAGGACUGUAUGCAAAAGCUAUUAAAUUUAAUUAAAUUUCGUCUUUAGGUUAAAAACUAAAUAUUAUUUUCAACUGAAUCUUGAACAAAAUAUACAUCGCUCGAUGAAUUAUUGUGAUUGAAGAAUACCCGCAAUGUGUACGAUAAUUAUAAACUGUUAACGACAUAAUAUAUAAUAAGUAGGUAAUAAUAAUGUGUAUAAUAUAAUAUUAUCAUGUAAGGGUAUACUAAUAUUUUUAAGUUAUUUUUAUAAUAACUAAGUAUUAAUUCGGUACGCGUUUGCGUUUGUGCAUUAUUUCUUGAACUAUUGUUUUGCUCUGCUUUUGGUUUGGAAUUAUCUAACAUUAUGUUAGUUCGUGAUUAGUAUUGUACUUUUUUUUUAAAUAAUUAUCCUAACGUAUGUCUCUACUUUUACUAGAAUAAUAUUUUAUAAGACUUGUGUAAUAUAAUAUAAUCGUACAAUGUGUAAACUGGCAAUGCCGGUAGUAAUUAUUAAAUAAAGGUAUGCUUGUGAUUACAUUAACUUACCAAUAUAAUUAAAUAUUAGCAUUACUGCAUUAGCCAAUAGGUUUAUACUUUAUAGGCACUUCGACUGACACUGUCGUUGAGAUUGCCAAAUAAGUAAAACAUAUUUUAAGCUGUAUGAUAAGUAUUUAUUAUAUUUGAAUAAAUCUAUUUGUGGCUAAUAAACCCAUGUAUAUGGUUUAUCUGGACUUACUCACUAGAUAUACGUAUAUUAAAAAUUAUUUUAUAACUAUAAUCCUCAAUGGUUAGCUUAUUACAAUAUUUAUUAUUACCUAUAUAAUAUUAUACAUUAUACGAUAUAAAAUGAGUUCAAUUAAACAAU